GAUUUUAUAUUUUUAAGGGAAAAGAAAUAAGUAUGAGACAAAUAUGAAUGGAAAGAUGUUUGAUAUUUGGAUGAAUAAUGAUAAAAUGAUAGUAUAAAUAAUAAAGGAUAUCAUUUUUAAUAUAAUAGAUGAGGUUAAUGAAGAAUUGAAAAGUUGGCAGAGUAAUAUAAAAGUUAAUAUAAAAAUGAUAAAAAAUAUUGGUAUUGGAGAAUGUGAAAUUUGCAAAGAGGGUAAAUAAGAUGGAGAGUAAAUGAUAAUAUUAAAAGUAGAGAUAUGUAGAAGGAAGGGAAGAAAUAAUGAUGAAUAGAUAAUUAGACAUGAAAUGUAUAUUAAUGAAUUAAAGAAAUUUGUUAUAUAUAUACUUGAAUUGUUUAUCAAAAAUUUGAAAUCUUUUUUUAAUUUAAAUAAAUAAUAAAUGGGCAAAAAGGAAACAAAAGAUAAGAAGCCAGCACAAUUCAAGUAAUUAUGUUGUUGCUAAUUAUAAUAGAAAGAUUUAUGAAUUGUUAUCUAAAUAUACUUAAGUAAUCAUCGUUGGAUUAGCAAAUGUUGGAUCUAAAUAAGUGUAAGACAUUAGAAGAAUUUUGGCUAAGAGAAAUGCCCUAUUAGUUAUUGGCAAAAAUGUAUUAAAAGUUUAGUAUUUUAGACUCUCUUCAAAAAAGUAUUAGCUACAAGAGUUUAAGAAUUACCAAAAGAACAUGAAUAUUAUGAUGAAUUGUCUAAAUUUGGUAAUGCAAUUAAAGAGUUGGAUGCCUUAAAGAACUCUGUUGCAGGCAAAGUAGGAUUCAUAUUCACAGAUACACCAGUCUUUGAUCUUAAACCAGUCAUUGAAGAGAACAAAGUUGAAACUCCAGCUAGAGUUGGUGCUGUUGCUCCUAUUGAUGUUGUUAUUCCACCUGGACCAACUGGUAUGGAUCCAGCUUCUAUUCAAUUCUUCCAUGCACUCUAAAUCCCUACCAAAAUUGAAAAAGGUUAAAUCCAAAUCACUAAAGACUUUGUUGUCUUGAAAUCUGGAUAAAAAGUUGGUUAAUCAUAAGCUGUCUUAUUAUAAAAAUUAGGCAAAAAACCAUUCUUAUAUGGGUAUCUAUUAAUAUUAUUUUUUAUAAUAGAAUGGAAGUUCUUGCUUGCUAUGAUAAUGGAUCUAUCUUAAAUAAAUAAUAAGUAUCUGUUAACUUGAAUGAUAUUGUUACCAAAUUCUAAUAAAAUGUUAAAAAUGUAUCUGCUAUUUCAUUAGCAAAUGGUAUUCUAUUUUUAUAUAUUCUUCUUAGGUUGGGUUAAUGAAGCUUCAGCUCCAUAUUUAUUAGCUAAUGCAUUCAAAGAUUUAGCUGCUAUUGGUUUAUAAUCAGGAUUCAUCUUUGAUUAAAUCAAAUAAUCUAAUGCUCCAACCACUGCUGCACCAGUUUAAGCUAAAGCUGAAGAAAAACCAGCUGCUCAAUAAGCACCAGCUAAAGUUGAAGAACCUGAAGAAGAUGUCGAUAUGGGAGGUUUAUUCGAUUGAUCAUGAAACAAAAGUAUAUUAAUAAUACAUACACAUAAAUAAACAAACAAUCUAUG